UCAUAUUCGGAUUCAGCGGGUUCUUUUGAUAGAAACAACCAAAGUUCCAAAGUUACUGCAAUUCGUAAUCAUAUAUCACAGAAGUCAUUUUCUCGUCACAUUUUUGAGGGGUUGAUCAUAGCCUACACGUGGCAAAAAGUCCGUUGUCUCAAACCUUAGCAACGUUAAAUUCAGGGAUAAUGAUUCAAGAAACAAAAGUUGAAUCAUAACGAUCUUUGCGAAAGUCUUCGCGGUUUGGUCCAAACCCGUUAUCAGCGAAACGUGUGUUUUAGAUCCCUCCCCGGCCCUGCUCAGAUCGAUUUAUUCUUGUGGGAGUCAGCGACCGGCCGCAAGGACCGCAGACGCGUUUUCCAGGCGCAAGGCACGUAAAUAAGACGCGGACUGAUUUCAUCACCAGACAUCACCCUCCAACAAGGCGAAGGAGGGAAAUAUUAAUUCUUGGCAGGAGUCGUCGGAGCAGGUCCUGUGGGGCUCCUCAGUAAUGAAACCCAGCCGCAUCGCUAACACCAGAUUGUCCAACAUGGCUCACGCUGUCGCCAGCACCGGAGUGCUUCUUCUUCUUCAUAUCACCGUUGUCUGUUUACUUCUUCCUCUCAUCAACGCAAAAGAUCAUCCGGACAAGGUUUUUGACUUGUUCCAAGGACACCGUACUAAGAGAUACCUUGGAGAAGCCAGAUCAUGGAGAUACACACGCCAUGCCAUUGAUGUCUUGAAGGCAGACCUGAACAACAAUGACUUGUAUUUUUGCCGUGGAGACCCCUUCCGCGGGGUCCAGUGUCCGGAAGAACCUUUCUGCGCAGCUUGGGAUCAGAUCUGCGAUGGGGAGCAGAUAUGUGCCUUAGAGCAUCGCAAAGAAUGCUUGGAACGAUCUGAAGCAUCCUUUGGCCGGAUGGAUUCUAGACUUUGUGAUGGAGAUGAGAAUCCCAAAUGGUGUCAUUGGAAAUACCAAGCACCUGUCAGAUGCGGCGAGGACAUCUUCCUGGAACCAACCAGACGAAAGGUUAGAAUUCACUCCCCAAGGUUUCCUGAGAAUUACCCCGGCGACUAUUUCUGCUUCUGGACGGUCUCCGUCCCUGAGGGUCACAACCUGACCGUGAACUUCAAACGGUUCGAGACUGAACCCAACUAUGACCUGUUGUCCCUUGGAACAGGCUACAACCGCGAGAAUUCCAGGUCUGUUAUCAUCUUCAAGCACAGCGGCUUCAAGAAACCCUCCCCGAGCGCCUUUGACGUUGCCAGCAACAUAGUAUGGGUAACCUUCAAGUCCGAUGACUGGGAGAACUUUAAAGGUUUCUCCAUCGAGUUCGUGGACGGAGCCAGACAGCAAUUCGGAGUGGUUGGAAGGAAUCCGUUUAAUCAAGAACCCAAUAGAGAUUGUGGCGGUAAAAUUCUCAUGAAACCAGACAAGGAAACCAUUGUCCACUCGCCACGUCACCCCGAUUUUUACCCCAACAACGUGGAAUGUGAAUGGGUGGUAUCGAUUGAGGAGGGGCUGCGUAUUCGAAUCCACUUUGAAGCUUUUGACGUCGAGGAAGAGGAAGACCAUCUUAGUGUUGGAAAUGGCAUUAGCAGCAGACGAGCACCGAUUCUCUACAAGUACAGCAGUCGCACCAAGCCCGCAGAUAUCAUAUCAAGGGGCAGUGACGUCUGGUUCAAGUUCGUCUCCAGCUUUGCAGUAGCUCGUAGAGGCUUCAAAGCAGUCCUCACAGAGCAACCUAUUAACGAUUGUGGUGGAAUCUUCACGGUACCAAGUCACGGUAUGAUGAGCUUUGGUUCUCAAGAUUAUCCUAACAACUAUCCUGCGCUGUCCGACUGUCUGUGGCAAUUUCGGUCUGCCUCUGAUCGGCGCAUCCACAUCGGCUUCAAGGAGUUCGACACGGAGUAUGGCUAUGACAUCGUGCGCAUCGGAAACGGCUUCGAGCCCAACGUAAACGGAUCCAAUGUCGAGAUUACGCACAGUGGGAGCAGUUUGCCCGGGGGAGGAGGUCCAAAAGAUCUGACCUUCCAGUCUGCCGGGCCUGUGGCUUGGCUGGACUUCAAGGCUGAUGAUUUCACUCAAAUGAAAGGAUUCCGGUUCGUGGUGUAUAGCGAGGAAUCGUCGCCAUGGGUGGUAGAUGAGUCGAUUUCAUACGAGGAACCAACAUUACCACCAGAAUCUGACACGGAAAUCUUCAGCGUUGUUGACGAGUUACCGGACCUACAGCAGCAGGAUCAGGAAAUUGAAGAUCCCAACGCCCACGGCGGUCAAGACGCCACGAACGGCGAGAAACAGGGAACGAAUGAGGCUGAGCCCGAGCCCGAGCCUCAACCUGAAGAACCUCGUGAUCCUCAGGAACUUCAACCUGAUGAGCCGGACAACACCGAUGUUGCCACCGACCACGACCAAAACCAAGAUUCAAGCACCCACCACGGACGGCCUCCCAAGAAAGGCAAGAAAGAUAAGAAAUCAACCACAGAGGCGCCCACGACAGAAGAGCCGACAACGACAGUGACAACGACCACCGAAGCAGUCAUGACGACUGAGGAAGAAGACACGGCUUCUGUCGUCGACCCCAGUUUCAGUUACAGCUCUGACUAUGACAGUGGAUUCUCCACGUCCUCGUCGAUCUAGUUGUGACCUUAAACAGCCUAAAUUCGCUGUCUCGACGCAGUUACAACAGAACGGGCACAAAAGUGAUGAGAGUUUAUGAACUGGACAGUGACACCAUCUCUGUAUAACCAUUUCUGUAGACAGUUCUUCCAAAACGGAAGUUAUUAACAUCUGAAAGUAUCCUUAAUUCUUAUGGUAUAUAAUCUUACGGUACACUUAGCGUUCUUUUCUGUUGUAAUCUUUAUUUCAGUUGUGAACAAAUUUUAUCGUCACAUUUUGGACCAAUGUGUGUCUACAUUUGCUGGCUACUUUUCUUUGAUGUAUGCCUUGGGCAUUGGCAGACCAGAGUGUUUGUACAUGUGAAAGAAAUAAUCAGUAACUUUAUAACAUUACUCAAUAAUCGAUCCCAUCUGAAUAGUGAAAUCUUGGAAUCAAAUGCACGUAGUGAAGGUAAGUUGUUACUCUGAGGUUAAACGACCGAAGUUUGAACGAGUCAAGUCUCCUUAUACAACGUGUUGUUUUAUCAGAUGACCUUGCACGCCACUGAGGUCACUCGCGCAGCAUCACGGGGUUUUAAAUUGGUUUAAUAGGUUACGAUCAGCAGGCUCAGUGUACACAUCAACUUGGAAACUGGAGGUACCACUCAUCUGCCAUUUGCAACGUGGCCCUGAAUAUCUCCGAUGAAAAAUGUAUAGUGCUUGGAAUCCAGGCCAAAAGAGCUUUAUUAAAGAAGUGGUUUUCAACCUUUAUUUAGUGAUGGAUUGUCGCAGAGGGCGCUACAGGCUAGCACUUUGCGAUAGCAGUUCGAGUCGUGGGAAGUAGAAGUCGAUAUAAUUUAGGCACUAGCAAACGCUACAAUAUAAAACAGUUUAGCUUGCUGUACAGUAGAUUACGUUUUGGCAAUAAACACUUGGUGUGCGCAUGCUUGGACAGU